AUGACUCGGGGAGAUUUGACUGCUGAAAAAGGUUUGGGAUGGGGCGAAGCAGCAGAAAAGGAACACAUGCAAAGGUUGAUUUGGUUCAUGAGAAAUUAUGAUAAACUCGUCGAAGAAAAUCGAAAACCAAGAAAAAAAUUAACCGAAGGGAUACUAUUGGACGCCAUAUUGAAAAAAAGAGCAGAAACGGCACAAAAGACUCCGAGAUAUUUUUACAAAAAGGAAAAAGAUCCUGUUUUUGUCGCAGACGAAACUAUUAAUUUAUCACCCAUGAGACCCGUACCACCGGAAAUACACGAUCUCAUUUAUCAAGGAAUAAGUCACGAAGACGAAGGACGUAAGGGAUAUUUAAAAGUACGAUACCAAGAUGAUCCGGAAAAGAAAUUUUAUCACAUCGAUUGUAGUAAUUGGGUUUACGGUUGGAACAUGAAAGAUUUCGAUUCUCAUAAAUUAGUGAGAUACCCGAGAGUACAAAUAAUAAAACAAUCAUUUUAUAGAAGAGGAGGCGUCGAAAGAGAUCCAGAUGAUCAUAGGGAUGCUGUUAAAACCGAAGCUCCAGUUGCUUUUCCACAACUUUAA